GGCCUCGUUUAUCUGGUCGUUUAUCUGGCUGCUCACAUCCUCACAUCCUCACAGGUCACAGCGUCAGCUCCCAGAGAGACUUCUGAACAACCGAAAGAUGGGGAAAAUUAACGGAGUCCUAAAAUGCCUCUUUGUGUUCUUCAACGUGCUGUAUGCAAUCCUUGGAUGUGUUCUGAUCUACUUGGUGGUGAAGAGCAGCAGCUACGGCAACCAGGCGGAGCAGCUGUCAACGCUCGGGGGCCCGAGCAUGGGUUGGGGUUGGGUGUUUGCCAUCGGCAUCCUCGCCAUCGCCUGCUUGGGAAUCUACGCAGGAGUCUCGGAGAAUGUCUACGCCCUCAAAGCAUUUGCAGGCCUAAUGGUGGUUGGAAUGAUCAUCAUGAUGAUCUUUGGCAUCAUUGUGGUUGUCGUAAGAAACAAGGUCAAAGAAGAACUUGACAACACCUCUUCUGAGGUGGUCAAGCCCUUAAUGGAAAACAAGGAGUUAAGAGCGGCGCUGGAGGAGAUACAGAGCGCUGUGAGGUGCUGUGGAGUGGUGAGCGCUCAGGACUGGGGCGGCAACAUCCCCAACAGCUGUCGCUGCCGAUCUAACUCGUUUGAAUGUGCACUCAAACCUCAGGGAAGCAGUGGCCCAGAUGAAAUCUAUAAACAGUCCUGCAGUGAAUUCCUCUUUUCGUGGGCCAACUUCUUCUGCCAGAUCAUGAUGGGCUUCUUCUUUGGAUUGGCUGUCACAGCGCUGCUCGGCCUGCUGAUCUCCAUCCUGAUGGUCCACCAGAUCAAACGUCACGACGGCGGCGCAGGACUGUCCAUUGCCAUGAAGGGCUACUAAAAGAAACCCCUCCCCCGACCCCUGACCUCUGCACUGUAAAGGAGGACUCAGUGGUCAAAACAAGGCCUCUUCUUCUUCACUCUUCUAUUUUCUGGCUUCUGACCAGAAGAUUACAUUUCUUUACUUCCAGCUUUCUAUGACAGAGACUGUUGCUUGAAUAGCGAACAUUUAUAUUUUUGUUAUCUCUUUUUGUGUUUUUAAUGGUUUGUAGUAUAAUACUUGUCUUAUGUAACAGAGACAUAUCGUAGAAUAGAAGCACUCUGCGCACAACCUUCAGCACGUCUGACUGUACAGCUUUAUUAACCUGGGGGGGUCGUAACAUCCAGUGUUUAAAUCCUUAUAUUUUCUAUCUUAAGCCCCCGAGACACAUCAGGAAAUAGCACGGCGAAGUUCCUGAACGCUUCAUUGCUAAAAGCUUGAGGGUGAUAACUCUCAGCAAGCGAGUCGUCUCCUUCAGCAACUUCACAUUGUUCGUGCUCAAGACAUUCGUGGAAAACCAUCUGCAAACCAUUUCUCUUUUGGGGAACAGCUGGACAGAUUCGGCCAUGUUGGAUUUUUCCUUCCCGUGAAAAGGGUCAACGCUGUCCAAUUGGUUCCUUCUGGUCAACGGCAUUGGUUCAGAGCUGAGCGUGGCCAGAUCUCGACGUAGAGUUGAUCGUAAAUGAAUCAUUUUAGCUUUUCGUUUGUCCAGAGAUUAGUUCAGCAUAUGUUUAGCCUAGCUUAGCACAACGGGAAACUGUUGCCUAGCUUUAAAAACUCGCCAGAAUCUGCACAUUCACAAGAGGGAGGGAUUAAACAAAGAAAAGAGCCCAACACACCUCCUCAGCUUAAGAGUUCAGGUCAGAAGUACUCUUGAGCGGUAAGCUGUAUGUGUUAUUCUACAUAUUGUCCGUGCAUAUGACUAUGACUAUGUGAACGUUCGGUCAUGUAGAAGCAGAACAAUGUGCCGUGAACUGAAGGCUUGUUUCCACGUGGCUAAAUAGGAUAAAACUCCCGGCAACACUUGCAGCACUGAAACUCUAAAUUAGCUUAAAGACGCUUUGUAGAAGUCGCCUUUGUGUGUCGCUACCGUUGUUCGUGUGGAGGCCGAAAUAAAAUGGGAUUAAAUCUCU